UCAGCCAGACAUGCCGGUGUUUCUGUUUUAAGAGAGAGAGUGCGUUUCCAAAAACUUACGUCAGAAGAACGCCCUCUUUGGCGUGUUGCUUUGGGUACUCAAGCAGCCGCCAACAAAUAAUACCUUGUCAAAACAAACACGUGUGUUGCUUAGUGUCAAGUCGAGUGUGUUCGCUUUCUGUGGCCUGACGUUGUAUUUAAUAACGUUAAGGAAACUAGCAUUUGCACUUAAUCCUCGCUCCCAGCUAGUACCAUUAAAUGUCGUGGCUGCAGGGUUAUAAACUGGUUCUUCAAUCAUAAAACCAAGAAGGUCUUGGUUGAAUUCCUUGUGUACGUGGCAUGCUCUUGACGAGGCAUCGACAAGAAAUGCUUCGUCAGGUCUCUCUCCAGUGCACACGUAAACAAUUGUUCAUCAGAGACGAACAAAGUGAAUUCGAGUAGUCGACAUGACGGAGACCGAAGCUCCAGACGCGAAACGUGGCAGAUCUUAUCCAGAAAUCAUCAAACAGUUCAAUUCCUUCAAUGCGAAAAUACUGGCUGUUGUUCUCGUGGGCUGUCUAAUUGGCUACCACGGAAUUCUGCGACUUAUAGAUGGUUCAGAUACAUGCCAGGGGUUGUUGACAAAAGGAAGGUACCAGGGAGACAACCUCUGGCAACCGUAUGGCUGCAUGAUUCACUCUCUAUCUCGCAUAGAUGCAAAUACUUGUCUCAGGAAAACCCGUUUCCAGACCGGAGAGGACACCCAUUGGGCAUUUAUUGGUGAUUCUAGAAUUCGACAGCUGUAUUUUGAGAUCUUGAAGCUAGUGGACCCAGAGGCUGAGCCUUCUAUUAUUGUUAAGGACAUUUAUGGGAAUAACUUGGAUCAACUACUGAUUGAUGUGCCAUUCCGAGUCUCAGCCAUUGCUACUGAACAAACGAACGCGUAUUCCAGGCCUAUAGAAAAAGCACACAGCAGUCUCACUUACAACAAUACGGAUCUUUCGUUUCGAAUGACUUUCUACUGGCGACCCGUCUUCAAUCAAAGCGCCGUCGACUUGAUUCAUCAAUUAGGUCUCAGCAAAUCAGUUCCCAACCUAGUCAUUGCAGGCAGUGGCGCUUGGGAUAUCAAACUUUCCAACGGAUCCGACGCUGUUCUCGACGUUUAUGCAAGCAAUCUCGAGCAAGUUGCAAAAGCAGCCAACAACUGGCCCAGCAGAAUAUCCAAAUUGCUUUGGAAGCUACAGGACCCUGUCGACAGCAGCAAGUUGUCGGAACAGCGCCAAGUAAUCACCAAUGACCUGAUCGAUGAAUACAACGAUAUCGCUCUUCGGGUUUUACAACGUUCGCGGUUCCGAAUAUGGAAAAGUGCCCGACUGGUCACGGAUGGCAUGGUCACGGCUGAUGACGGGCUGCAUUUGAAUGCCGUUCCCCUCAAACAUCACGUCCAGAUGCUAAUGAACAUGUACUGCAACGAACGAAUGGGUUUCGACGAUGGCACGUGCUGCCGCUCGGCUGAAUCUGCUACCACUCUUCAGGUCGUCACUUUCACCAUCUUACUUGUGUGUUUGACUAUCUCUUCAACAUGGAUGGCCUAUCGAAGUUUUGAUUUGCGUCUGAAGCAGCGCAGACAAUCGUACAGAUCGAUUGAAAACUUAAUCGAAGCCGUCGAGACUCAGGAAAUAGUUAAAGACGCCAUGGCCAACGGCCAUUCCGUUCAAGCGGAUUCGCUCGGAUUGGACGACAAAACUUCAACUCGCAAAGCGGCCGUCAAGGACGUCGAAUCUAGUAGCCGCAUAGCUGUCACCGCCUUGGGAAAACUUGGUCUUAUCAUGGCUUACUUCUACCUGUGCGAUAGAACCACUUUCUUCAUGAAAGAGAACAAAUAUUAUUCGCAUUUGAAUUUCUGGGUACCCGUCGGCUACGUCUUUGCUUUAGGCUUCUUCUUCAACGAGGAGAGUCGUUCCACUAAAGUCCUCCAUCGAGAUCAAACGGACGAAUGGAAAGGUUGGAUGCAGUUGGUGAUAUUGAUCUACCACAUGACGGGAGCCAGUCAGGUUAUCCCCCUCUAUAUGCAAAUGCGCAUUUUGGUUUCCAGUUAUCUCUUUCUCACCGGUUAUGGCCACUUGUCGUUCUUCUGGAACGGCGGCAGCGCCAGCUUCUCUCGUCUCUUUCAAGUUCUAUUCCGCAUGAAUUUGAUGACGGUUGUGAUAUGUCUGUGCAUGAAUCGGCCGUACCAGUCGUACUAUUUCGUCCCCCUGGUCUCAUUCUGGUACCUGGUUGUUUACAUCGUUCUAGCCAUUCCACCGAAAGUCAGUGCGGCCAUUUGCGAGGCCAACCCCGUUGCGUACCUCUACAUCAUUAUCAAAUUGUGUUCUUUGUUGGCCGCCAUCACCAUUCUCUACAUGUCGGAGGUUUUCUUUCAAGCCAUUUUUCUUGUGCGACCGUGGAAGGCGUUGUUUGUCACAAGCGAUGACGAGAUUCACGAAUGGUGGUUCCGCUGGUCGCUGGAUCGAUACAGUAUUUGUUACGGCAUGAUCUUCGGACUGUUGUACCUCAACGCGCAAAAGUUUGGGCUCAUCGACGACAGUGCACGUCAUCACCUGUUGAGCCGGACAAAGAUCCGCUUCUUUGUUGUUGUUGCCGCUUUGUUGGGAUUGGGCGGCUACACGGCAUUCACAAUCACCUGUCACAGCAAACCAAAAUGCAAUGAAGUCCAUUCCUACUUAGCCUUUUUACCAAUCGUCAGCUUUAUUAUGCUACGCAACGUUUUCGGACCUUUGCGUGUUCGCUAUUCGUCGUUCUUUGCCUGGUUUGGAAAAAUUUCGCUCGAAUUAUUUAUCGGUCAAUAUCACAUCUGGCUGGCGGCCGACACGCACGGCGUCUUGGUUCUCAUUCCCAACUACCCGGUUCUCAACGUGAUUGUAACAACAUACAUCUUGGUCUGCGUCGCGCACGAAGUGCACGUCAUCACGGGCCAGCUCGUGCCGCUGGCCGUGCCGGCCGACUGGAAGAAAACGCUGCGCAAUGUCAUUCUAUUUUUCCUGGCUCUCGUUCCUAUUGCCAUCCACGACGGAAUGUUCUGAUUCCGACGUGGUGGUGGCAUCCACCGCUAACCAAAAUCCAUCCUCCCCCACCUCCUUUUUUUUUUUAGAUCCUUUUUUUUUCCCACUUUCUACGACGAAUUUAAGCAGCUCCCGUGAGAAUCAUUACGCAUGCAAGACAUGACGCACUACGGUAACAGGGUUGUUUGGGAACAUUUGAAAAAUGUAUAUUUUUAAAGUUG